AUGCCAGAACACACUAGCAAAUUUUCAGUUUUCUCAAAAAUUGUCACGUCCUCCCUUUUAGUACUUUCAUAUACUUUUGUUGAAUCAUGGGAUAGCGUACCAUGCCAAGAAAAUGCCGUCAGAACCAGCAGAUUGUUAACAGGCCAUACCCUAAUAGGAAACGUACAAGGAACUCAAUACCCAUAUUUAAAAAAUAAACUCAUUGAGUUGUUGGACGAAGAAAAUGAUGCUUCUGGAAAAAGCUUAAACUACAUAGUACACGAUGGGGUGUGCAGAAAUACUUUUAGCAACCCAAUCCAUGAGGACAAUUCCCAACAAAGAAGCUACCGCAAUUUAGAUGCAUCCUUUGAUCAUAUUAGAAGAACCAAUGAAAUGAAAAGAAGACUACAAAAAGAAUCAAAAGGAACUAAUGAUUCCUUAGACAUCGACUGUUUCCAUGAUGACGAAGAGUCUUCACGCACACCAUCAUCUAUGGCAUUGGAAAGGUAUGAUAAAUCCAGAUGUUCUCGCAAAUAUUUAACGUCUGCAUUAAAAAAAAGAACAUCAAGUGGAUCCAUACAAUUCGACUACAAACCUGAAGAAAACUUCGAAACUCUUAAAAAAAUGGUUAUGAAAGUUUCUGGAGCAGAAAACCCAUUUGAGCGUGGAUUCAUUGGAGCUUUACAAAAAUUCGAUAAAAAAUUCGAAAUCGAAUUAUUACGUUCAGUAAAUGACAAAGCUCUUUCCGACUAUGAUGAGUGCAGAUAUAAAACCGCAAUAGGAAAAUACAAACACUUUAUGAAAAAAUUUAGAGUGUUCUUACCACCAACUAUGAACAUGGCUAUUUUAAUGUUAAUGUUGGUAUUUCAAUCAUUAUUUAUCCCGGGAAUCUUUACAUUUUUGUCAUUCACAUUCUUUUCAAUGAUGUCUUACUAUGGAUAUAAAUUUGCAAAAAUUAACAAAAUGAAGAGACAUUACAGAAACUUUGUGAAAACGGGAAGAUUCAGAAAACCAAUUGAAUACCAAAAGAAUUAUUAUUCUUAG